UCCUCUCUCUCGCUCUCUUUCCCUUGGCUUUUCCUUCCCCAUUGCUUUCCUUCCUUCUGUCUAUAACCAACCAUUCAAUCGACGCACUCCUCCACAGUCGAUUGUGCAAUCUCGCCAGAUCGCUGGUAGAUCUGGUCACUGUGAUAUGACCAAUAUAAUCUCAAAAGAAUUUAGGCAGAAGCCAUAAUGAACUCAAGCCCAGAGCCACUCUGGCAGUGGCCGGAUGCUUCCACAGCCCCCAGUCCUGAGGCGGGUCAAAGGUUUGAACGUAAUCACAAACAUGAUGAUACGGCUACCCCUCCGCCGGAGACUCCUGAGAAGCACUACCCACCUCGUGUAUGUCGCAUUUGUCUGGAAACCGUUCUGCCUGCCUUCCAUCCUCCUUCCGAUAACAUCCCUGAUUUCCUUCAGCCCAAGCCACGGGUCGUCUAUGAGUCUUCUGAUCCGGAGCUCGGUCGACUCCUACGCCCCUGCAAGUGCAAAGGAUCGUCCCGAUAUGUCCACGAGGGUUGUCUCCAAGCAUGGCGACAUGCUGACCCGGACUAUAGCAAGAGAAACUAUUGGCAUUGCCCGACCUGUGGCUUCCAGUACCGGCUAGAACGCCUCACAUGGGCGCGCUGGAUCAGUAGUACAUUCGCGCAGCUUGGAUUGACUUUGAUGAUCUUAAUGUUCACUGUUUUUACGCUUGGUUUUGUUGCUGACCCAAUCAUUAACCUCUACGUGGAUCCCAUGGAAACAAUCUACUAUUCUGAAUUCUGGGGUUCCAGUACUGUAUCUCGCGUCUUGCCGACUGAAAAGAGGGCCUCAUGGAUUGAACACUUCGUGAAAGGUUUGGCGUCAUUGGGCGUGCUAUCAUUCAUCAAAGCUAUUUUUGCCAUGUCACCCUGGCAUUGGUGGAAUUUUCGCUCCGGUGGCAUGAUCAGUAGUGGCAGGACCACGGGCAGAAGCCGAGCGGCGUCGAUCAGCUGGGUGGUCAUUCUGAUCGGCGUUCUUACUUUUCUCUGGGCUGUGUACAAAGGUGUAAGAAGCUGGAGCCGAAGGGCCCUAGAAAGAGCCGGAGAACGUGUCAUGGAUGUUCCAUUACCUGAUGAUGAAGAGGCCGAUGAAGACGAACAUGAUACGUCUUGCGAGAAGCCUGAGCAGCGUAAAAAAGAGGAUUAGUACGGAGAGCUAUAUUUAUGUCCAUGAAUAAUGUUUCAUGUCAACAGCUUGAAUCCUUCAGUGAUUCCACGCUCUACUUUAAGUUGUCACGGUCCUUUACAAUGACGUGCCAAUUAGUCAAUGUGCGAAGAAAGAUACUGACUCUCGUUAACCCUUGAAUGGAUGUCUUGGGAAGUUGGAUCCUUGGUCUGAGCGUUUUGUUCAUGCUAUGGCUUUCCUUCUUCAUACACCAGGUGUUCGAAGGGGAGGGUCGAACUGCCUCUUUUCGAUCAGUAUAGACGCUUCAAGUAGUGAGCGUUUUCGAUUGAAUGCAGUACAUAACCUAUGUAGCAUAAUAAUUAGUAGAGCUGUUUCUCAAACACAUCGCCACGAU